UCGGUCAGCGGCGGCGGCGGUUCGCUCGAUUACCGGCGGUGCAGCUAGGUAGGCGGUGCCGUCUGAUCCUCCAGCGGUCGCGAUGGGGCAGGGCGUCGUCGAGAUCCACCCCCGCGAGCUCCAGUUCACCUUUGAGCUGAAGAAGCAAAGUUCAUGUUCUGUCCAUCUGGUCAACAAGUCUGAUGAAUAUGUUGCUUUUAAGGUUAAGACAACUUCACCUAAAAGGUAUUGCGUCCGGCCAAAUACUGGAGUUAUCCUUCCCAGAUCAACAUGUGAUUUCACAGUUACCAUGCAAGCGCAGCGCACUGCUCCACCAGACAUGCAAUUAAAAGACAAAUUCUUGGUGCAGACUACAGUUGUUCCUCCCGGUACAUCAGACGAGGACCUCAUUCCUGCUUUUUUCUCCAAAGAAACUAAUGCAUAUAUUGAUGAAAGCAAAUUGAGAGUUGUCCUUGUUGAUGCAUCUCAUCCUCCUGUGGAGCAACUGAUAAAUAGUGUGCCUAACAAUGAUGCGGCAGUUGAGGUUCCUGUGUCAAGACACACACUGAAUGUUGAGAAUGAAGUACCAGUUAUGGAGAAAGUGGUUCCUGCCCCUCAGGAACAAAUUUCAGCUGUUGUGACUGACGUAUCUUCCCCUGUCAAGCAGUCUCCAAUCCUUCGAGAAGUUCCAGUGAUAGUGCAUGAAGAACAUGCUAUUUUGGCAGAAUCUCCUCCACCUCUAAAAAAUGAGUCUCCUCCCCCUCUAAAAGAUGAAUAUCCUUCCCCUGUAAAGGAUACAUCUGCAAUUACCAUUGAACAACUUCCUGCUUUGAAGGAAAACAGUGUAACUUCAAAGGAGUCUCCUCUAGAAGAAACUCUCCCAGAAGAAGCUGUUACCUUAAGUGACAGAGGACUUUUCAGUGGGCAGAAUCAUCAAUUAUCUCAUGUAACAGAAGAUGUUCAGAAUCUGAAGUCAAAACUCAAUAACCUUGAAUCCAAAUUGGAAGGGGCUGAAAAGAUGAUAAUAAAGCUGAGAGAAGAGAGCAGGUCUAUGACCCAGGAGCGGGAUAAGUUGCAGCAAGAGAUGGUAUUUCUCCGGAAGACAGGAACCCCAAAGAGUCAACUAGGUUUCCCGUUGCUGUUUGUGGUUUACGUGGCCCUUCUUGGUACAUCCCUGGGCUACCUCUUGCGCCUAUGAGUUUGAGUAUGUUGGAAGUCCAGCCACUGGGUGCUUCAGUCUCUGGCAAGAGCGGAAGGGCAGCUCUACACACAAAUCUCGGAAGAGCAUUGCUGUUAACGUUAUCCUUGUUAUUAAUUAGUUCAGACGGUUUUGAACAUAAGGCUACUACCAGUUGCCUGCCUGUAUAGACCGGCAUUUUUUUACAUUGUAUAGAACCCGUCAAAAGUGUUCGCUGCUCCUGUAGGCUAAAUCAACCUUCGGGUUUCUUUCCUCCCAGGGAAGUUUUAUAGCAUAUUUAAGUGUUUGAGUUUAACUCAAGCGAGAGAAAAACAGCGUGUGUUUUUUUGCAUUA